AUGAGGAAUAUGUAUUUUCUAACUAUAUUAGUUUUAUUUCAAGUUAUCAGUAACAUUCAAUGUCUUUCCAGUCCUAUUCGACAGUUUACAACAUAUCGGAAUGCAACUGAACUUAUGAAGAAUGUUGCCGACUUGUGGUGGACAGUGGACGAUGUUGAUAAAGAGAUUACUUUCGAAUUACAUGUCAAGACAACAGGAUGGGUUGCUCUCGGCAUUGCAUCAACUGAAGAAAACAGUAGAGAUGCAGACAUGGGAAUUGGUUGGAUUAAUGCAAAUGGACAAUUUUAUUUUGAGGAUCGUUUUGCUCAUGGCUUUGUACUGCCAGUCAAGGACUCAACAACACAGGAUUGGUUUGGCUUGCAGGGACGAGAAGAAAAUGAUUGGACAGCUAUUCAAUUUAAGCGUGCAUUGGAUACGCAUGACACUAUGGAUUUUCCCAUACGAUCAGGAAUUAAUGUUCUCUUAUUUGCCUAUGGACCCGUCGAUCCUAAUCCUGAUAUAACAUAUCAUGAAGAUCGUCGCAGCACACAUAGACUUUCUCUUUGGAAGUCUUAA